AUGCUGCUCAACCUAAACACAGACCGAAGUCCUAAGCGCUGUGAGAAUCCGCAGAUCAUCUUUCAAGACAUCCACAGGAAGGCACCUGUGCAUCAAACUACCAAACAUCGGCACCCUACAACAAUAGGAAGAUGUGCUUUGGAAUAUGUGCACUGGCCCAGCAUAAGUCACCAAGGCCUGCAGCUGGUUGGGGCCAUCUUCACCCCCAACCCGCUGGACCCAUCAACUACAACGAGACAGCGCGGAGAAACCAAAGACGAAGCAGACGCGGUGGUUUUGCCGGGGCUGCCAUCAUUGGAGGUGACGGGGGUGGAGCAAUUGACGGGGGUGGAGGAGGCAGUGGAGGAGGUGAUGGAGGCGGAGGAGGUGGCGGAGGAGGCUGUUGAUGCCGAGCCGGACUGA